AUGCGGGUCAUCAGAUUCAAAGGUUACGGUAAGAAACUCCAACGGAAAGUUAGAGAACCCAAACCAAUAAAUUUAAAAUAUGCGCAACUACUCAAUAGGACAUUUGUUAUUCAAAACUUCACAUAUACGCAUGCCAAGCUUAAAAGAGAUGAUUUUGAGGAUGAAAUUGUAAGUGACGGAGAUUAUGAGGAGUUGGUGAAUGAAUUCAGAGCAGCAAAUAAUAAGCAGGAACAGGUGGAACGGGAGGAGCAGGAGGAAAUCUCUCCUGUGGGUUCCAAUGAUGUGGAAUUACAAGUAGCUCAGCACCGUCCACAGCUCAAACUGCGACAUGUCUCUUUUAUGAAAGAUGAAACAAACAAUAUUAAAUCUUCGAAAUCGGCUACCAUUCUUCACUCAAUGGGUAAUGAAUCCGUGCUACAAACAUCAAAGGUGAAGCAUCAACGCAUUAUUGCUAAAAAAAUGGUGUCAUUGCAGGCAAAUAACACUAUUGUACAUACUUCACAGAAAUCGCACUGUAAACCGAAGUCUUCUCAUGUAGGAACCAUAUUGCAUCUAAAUCGAUGCAAUAAUAAUUCGAUGCCAAUUAACAAAUUUAUGACAAACACUUCACACAUGUUAAAAACAUCAAAAAGAGAGUCCGUGUAUUCUCCGAAAGCCCCCUUCUCAUUUAGAGUGAAAUUAAAUCGCAGAUAA